CCUUUUUCUCUCUCUCUCUCUCUCUCUCUCUUUCUCGGGCGCAGGACCCUUUCUCAUCUCCAGCCCAGCCGCCUUUCGUUUACCAUCGCAGCAAGAAAAAGAUAUACAAAGAACGAACGAACGAACUCUGCGUUUGUCUCAACUCUUCUGGUGGACUCUUCUUCUUCUUCUUCCUCUUUCACCAAUCAGCACAAGUCAAGGUGUGUUCUAUUUUCUAAUCUCUCUUUUCUUGUUUUCCGUCUCUUUGGACUCUUUUCUCUGCCCUACUGUCUUGAACCUAAUUAGGGUUUUCAUUUUAUCUGAUUUCAUAGUCUUGAUUCAUAACCCUCUUCGCGAUCUUGAUCUCCUUUGUUGGAAUGGACUGAAUUUCAAGGAAAGGAAGGAGAUUUAGCAUAAGGGUAUUACUGAAAUCUGGAUUUGUGUUAUAUAUACUUGGAAAUGGAUAACAGGAACAAGUAUAAUAACAACAACAACAGCAGCAAUAAUAGUAAUAGUAAUAGUAAUAAUCCAAAUGAAUAUUUGGGUGUGAACAAGAUUGGUAAGAACAUCAGAAAAAGCCCUUUACAUCAGCCAAACUUUCCCCCAAAUCCAACCAGACCUCAAUCUCAACCGCAGGUUUAUAAUAUAAACAAGAAUGAUUUUCGAAGUAUUGUUCAACAACUAACUGGUUCACCUUCUCAAGAACAAACUCCACCUCCACCACCACAGCAACAACAACAACAACAUCCUAGACCUAGACCUCCAAACAAUACAAAUCUCAGACCACCUAGUAUGAGGUUACAGAGAAUCCGUCCACCUCCAUUAACACCAAUGAUCCGACAACCUCAACUUCCUACUCCUCCACUACCGCCACCAUCAUCAAAUGCCCCAAUUCCUUACAAUAACAACUUUUUCAGGCCACCACCACCAAGCCCGGGUGAGUCUUUUUGGGGAAACACAAACCAAUCGCCUGUCUCUGCUUAUAUGCAUUAUCUCCAAAACUCGAUUAAUGAUCCAAGCCCGCCUAUUCAACCUAUCCAGCCUCAAUUCCAAAACCAAAACCAACACCAACAUCAGUUUCAGCCUCAUCCUCAUCCUCAUCCACCAUCAUUUAAUACACUUCCUCAUCACCCACCACCAUCAAUGCCGCCUAUACCUUCACCUAGAAUGAUGAUGAACGGUCCUCCACUUUUACCAUCGCCAACUUCUCAAUUCUUACUGCCAUCGCCAAGUGGGUUUUUCAACAUGUUAUCACCUAGAUCACCUUACCCUUUGCUUUCUCCUGGUUAUCAGUUCCCUUCUCCUUUAACGCCAAAUUUCCCGUUUUCUCCUUUGCCUCAAUCGGGAAUCUUGGGUCCUGGUCCUCAUCAGCCUCCACUCUCUCCCGGGAUUGCUUUCCCCAUUUCUCCUUCGGGCUUCUUCCCAAUUUUGAGCCCUAGGUGGAGAGAUUUCUGAUAUUAAAGUAUGGUUCGUGAAGAUAAUACAAUAAUAUGGUGUUCUUCGACAGCUUCGUGUACAUUGAUGACACGCAAGGACAGUGUCUUAAGGUUCGAUCAUAUGGAAGUGUUUUAAUUGCUUUUUUUUUAUUGACAAUACUAAUGUUAUCUAGAUCUUAGUUAUGAGAUAUCUAGAUUUGUAGCUGUUCAAUAUGUUUAUGUCUUUUGGAAAUUGUUAUUGAUAGUCAAUUGAAUUUGUUUCAUGAAUUCCAGAAAUACCUAAAAAAAAAUUUGCUGUAAUAUAGACAAUAGAGCUGGAUAUUUUUUUUGCUCAA